GGGACGUUUCUUGAGCCCCAAUGAAAAACCCCAAUAAAAAUCCUCUGAACUGAAGAAGAAGCCACCGGAGCCCACCGAAAUCUUUCAAAUUUUCCGAUUUCUCAUUAUCCUCUUCUGCGUUCUUCGCUUCGUUUCUCGCUCUUCCACUGACUCUGUAUAUUCGGAAAAAUAUUUUUUUCUUGGAAAUGAGCAAACUGAGCUGGAUUGGCAUGUGUCGCCGACAUUUGGUGUCGUCCAUGGCGGCGGAGUCGCCGACUUCACUCGGAGUUUUGCUCGACAGAACUCCCGCAUUGCUCGAAAACUCGUUUCGCGAUCGAGCUCUGCACUGUUUCGGUUCUGUCUAUGGUGGACCUGCGGACUUUGCUGCUUCAUUUGGAAAACGUUAUAUACAUGCUUCAGGGUUCUCUUGCUCCCCAGAACGAGACUACUACGAAAUUCUUGGAGUUCCUCGAAAUGCGAGCCGAGAUGAGAUAAAAAAGGCGUUUCAUGUUCUUGCAAAGAAAUACCAUCCCGAUGCCAAUAAAAACAAUCCUUCUGCAAAGAGAAAAUUUCAGGAGAUAAGAGAUGCGUAUGAGACUUUGCAAGAUCCUUUGAAGAGGGCCGAAUAUGACAGGAUGCGUGCAACUGGUAGAGAAAAGGCAAAAUAUGAUGCUGGUGAUACAGAGGGAUUUCAUUAUUCUUCUGGUCCACAGGGAUUUCGUUUUGAAUAUGGAACUCAUUUCUCCAGUUCAUUCAAUAAAAUAUUCUCUGAGAUCUUUGAAGAUAACUUUGAUCGUUUUGCAUCUGAUAUUCAGGCGGAGUUAUCCCUAUCUUUUUCUGAAGCUGCUAAAGGAUGCAUAAGAGAUCUCUCAUUUGAUGCAUACGUUCCCUGUGAUUCUUGCCAUGGACGUGGCUAUGCUCUUGAUGCCAUGACAAAAGUUUGUCCUACUUGCCGAGGUAUUGGGAGAAUAACUAUUCCUCCAUUCACAUCAGCAUGCACUACUUGUAAAGGAUCAGGCCAAGUAAUCAAGGAAUAUUGCAUGUCAUGCAAAGGUUCAGGAGUAGUUGAAGGUGUUAGGGAGGUCAAAGUUACCAUACCACCAGGUGUAGAUACUGGAGAUACAAUACGUGUACCAGGGGCUGGAAAUACCGGUGGACAAGGAAGUGAACCCGGCUGUUUAUACAUUAAGCUAAAGGUUGCUAAAGAUCCUAUCUUUGCUAGAGAUGGGGCUGAUGUUUAUGUGGAUUGUAAUAUCAGCUUUACACAGGCAAUUCUUGGCGGUAAGGUUCAGGUACCAACUUUGUCUGGGAAGGCACAAGUACAAAUACCUAAGGGAGUUCAGCCUGGACAGCUUCUGGUACUAAGAGGCAAAGGACUACCAAAGCAUGGCCUUAUUUUUAACCAUGGAGAUCAAUACGUGCGGUUCAGAAUAAACUUUCCCACCGAAUUAAAUGAACGGCAACGUGAAAUUUUAGAGGAACUUGCAAAGGAGGAAAUAAAUCAUGGAGACAACAGCCCGAGUCAAGAAAAUUGGUUGCAGAAAAUUUUUGAACGUUUUACGGAUUCAAAGCUUGUGCUUGAACUAUCUAUCUUCAUGUUGAUUCUUUUCUUUCUGAGCAAAAGCUUGGCCUGAACGCUGGCUGAAGGCAAUCUUGAUAGAGUUCUUGGGGGAAUGGUCAAUGAUAGGAAACGAUUGCUUCAUUCGUCAUCUUUUGUAGUUCCAGUGACACAAGGUAUCAAUUCUCUUUCACAACCAUCACUAUUCACCCUUCUCUUUCUUUCAAUUCACUGCCAGGAAUUUAUUUAUGCCAUAGAAAUGAUUAUGUUUGGUUUUUAGCGUAGUGCUUUCUAUACCUAUUCUUUGAGGAGCCUCUAUGGUAAGGUGGUAUGCUCCAAUGUUUUGCUCCAAGUUAAGACAGUAGAAUGUAUAUUGAUAGCAUAGUUAUGAUCUACAGGGCCCUGUUUCUCAGUGCUUCUAUAGUUGUAUUUGAGAGGUCAAAGGAGCAAUAAUGCUGAAAUUUAUGGUGACUUGAUAAUUGUAAGGUCAAAGGAGCAAUAAUGCUGUAUUUUGGGGCAAUUUUAUUUGACGCCCCCUCUUCUUCUUUAAAAAAAAAAAAAAAAAAAAAAAAAAAACACUUGGGAAGCUUAAAGAAUUCCAUGGCAACCGUUUCCCCAGUGCUGUUUUUAGGCUCGAAAUGCAGGCAAAUGUAAAUAAAAGAUUAUUCACCCAAAAAAACUUGCCAUAAGAUUUCUCUUAUUCGAGGUGCAUUCAACAAUAAAACUAUUUGGUCGCUUAAUUUCCUCCACCUGCUUUUCGUUGCAUACGGUUAACUGUUCCAAAUAUAUUUGCCGUAUUUGUAUAUGACCGUUUGGUCACCAGUUGGUUGAACAUUGCGCUUGGCACAUUAUGUACUAGCCGAUUUUAUUUAUAUUGUCUGUUCCAAAAC